AUGACAUCACAAUCAGUGGCCAGACACUUGAAAGAGUUUCUAGCUUCAAGUACCUGGGAGAAGAUGUCUCAGAUGAAGGUCUCUAGUCUUGAGCAGAAAAGAAUACAUGAAGACCAAAUCCAGGUUUUCAAAAUUCUUAAAGGUAUUGAUAAAAAACCUGACUCUGCCUGUGCAACCAUUGGGCUGUGCAAGUCUGAAAAUCCGGGGAUAGAAAACUCAGAGCUCCUCACCAAUGACAUAUUCGAUUCAGCCGUUCCAACUGCAACAGGCUCAACAAAACUACAGCCACUGUGCACAUUAUGCAUCUUCCUUCUCAAUAGGUUGGAAAGCCUGAUCCCAAAGAAAAGGGCAGAGGAUACAAUUAUUAAAUUUUUGAACAAGGUGUGCUCCAGCAUGCCACGUUACACUGCACAGUGCAAGAUAUUCGUGACAACAUAUGGCAAAGUUGCAGUCGACUUCUUGUUGUCCUCAAUGGCUCCACAGACUAUCUGCACUUUGCUCCGCCUCUGCUUUAUACAACAGACUGGCCUGCUUCAAGUUAACUCAGAAUCCGAUUGUGCCUUGUGCCACAGCCUGGUGCCAUCCCUGCAGGUGUCCCUGAGUGACAAUGCUACUGCCCUAGAGACAGAGGCCACUCUCAGCUCAGCGUGCUACUCUCACCAGCUUCCUCUUCCUACGUGCAAGAACUUUGUGCAAACAUACAGCCCGAAACUGGUGAAGGUUACGGGCAAGAAAUGGGACUUUCAGACCGUUUGCAAGGAAAUAGAGGCCUGCAGCGAGGCAGACAUCACACCCCACCUGGAGAACAGUGAAUGCACCUGGGGGCCGACAUAUUGGUGCUUGGACUUGCAAACUGCCAAGCAGUGUAACGCUGUGGAGCACUGCCAGUCUCAUGUCUGGAAAUGAGCAGCACAGAGGCCUGACAAAGUGAACGCAGCGUCAGCUCCACCAAGAAGCUCACUGCAAGUCUCUGUGAUCCUUGCAACAUAAUCCUGCACUAAAUCCUACUAAUAUACAAUAA